AUGGCCGAUCGCAGGAGAUCUAGCGGGGCCCAUGGUGUGCUAAAUCAAUUGAACCCUCAAAAUUUUACAUCGCAGAUACCUCUACUUACAAAUAAUGCAUCUAAAAAAGGGCUAUCAAAUGAUGGAUCAGCUUUAACUGAUAUGAUUAACCAAAGCCUUGCACGAAACUCCCGAAGUUCAAUUGCAAGGGGCAAUGAGGUUAGAAAAUCAUUGCGAAGGAGUAUACGGGCAUCACAGCGUAUGUCAAUAGUGCCAGGGAACGGUGCAGGAGGAAAUGGUGCUUCAAUUAACGGGUCGCAAGUGCGAGAUCCCAGACCAUUGCGCGAUAAAAACUACCAAUCAGUGCUUCAGCAAGAAAUCUUUGAGUAUCUUCAGUUUCAAAGAUUUGAUAUUGACACAGGGCACCCUAUUUCAUUAAAAUCCCUAAAGCAGCCGACGCAAAAGGAUUUCAUAUAUAUAUUCCGUUGGUUAUACCAAAGAAUAGACCCUGGCUAUGCUUUUAAAAAGUCACUUGAGAAUGAGGUUUAUUCAAUUUUGAGAACAAUCCACUAUCCGUACUUAGAAACAAUUAAUAAGUCUCAAAUCUCAGCUGUGGGGGGUUCCAACUGGCAUAAGUUUCUGGGAAUGCUGCACUGGCUUGUGAACAUAAAUAAGAGGCUGGAUACAUGUUUACAGAAAUUAGAUGAAUCUAAGACAUCCCAGAUUACCCAAGAUGUUACGAUUUUGAACCUACCAGUUACAACCUUGGAUGAGCAAGACGAAAAACACGAACAGUAUGAACUGAUGGUAGAAAGAUUAUUUAUAGAAUACAUUUCUAAGUGCUACAGGUCUUUCAUAAACAUGGAAGAUAACUUUACGCCAUUUAGACAAGAAUUGGAAAUUGGAUUCGACAGGUUUGUUCAUAUUAUUCAAGCCGAUAUUGACAAAAUGAUUCAGCAAGAAGAGAUGUUAAAAUAUGAGUUUGAAACGAUGGAAAGCAGAUCUGAAGGAGUUAAACUUGAGCAGCAAAAGCAAAAAGCGCUACAAAGUGAUCUACAUAAAUUUCAAACCUAUAUUAAUGCAAUGAAACCCAAGGCCAGCGAUUGGCCCUUAAAACUAGAGCAAAUGGAGGCUGAGAUUAAACAAAAAAAGAACUUGAUUAAAGAGGCACAACUUGAAAUUGAAAAAUUGCGUGGUGUGAUGAACCAGAGCGACCUUGAACACAUAGAUACCCUUAAUCGCAAGCGAGACGCAUAUAGUCAAAAGCUGGAUACAGUCACAUCAAGACUUGACCAGCUAACGGGAAGUGUUAAAAGCCAAAAGCUUAGUGUUGAAUCAAGCUAUAAAGUCUUCCUAGAUACGCUUGACAAAUAUGAAGCGGCGAUAAAUGGUGUUAUAUUGGCCCGGAAUAGCCUAGGGCAUAAGAUAAAUGCCAACGCUUUAACUAUAUCAAUCUCUCCAGACUUCUCAAUUUCGGAUAACAUUGAGGCUACCCCGGAGAGUAUCAUACUUAACCGCUCUAGUAUUGCAGCUUCUAUCAAGCCUGUAUUAUUGUCAUUAAACAAAGAGAUCCAGUCGCGAAUAGAAUCCUUACAAUGGGAAAAUAGCAAGCUGGAAUCAGAACUUCUUGCUCUUCAAGAUAAUAUUACAAGCAAAAACCAAUUAUUGGAAUCUAUGGAAAACGAACUGUCUAAUGUAAAAUCUGAAUAUGAAGAGUACCAACAAGUAAGUCACAGUAAACUACUUUCGCAAAGAAUUGAAAUUGAAAAGCUCGAAAGGAAAAUACAAAACGAUAGAAAUAAAACUCAGCAGAGAAAAUCUCAAGCUGAGCAGGAAAUAGAGGAUGCUAAGUUCCAGUUAAAGGAAUUAAAGCUCAAUCUUCAACAAGAGAAAAUUCUUAUGCAUAAAAAGGUUAUACAGUUAAUCCAAUAUGUGGUUAAUUUUAAGAUGGACGCGCAGAAUUCAAUUGAGGAGCUGCACGACCUUACGCAGACGCAUGUUAAAACUCUCCAAUAG